AUGAGCCAAACUAACCGACAGUUAUCUCGGACCAAAAUGUGGCCAAGUGGGGAGAAAAAAAAGACAGGCGACGUUGUGAGCGCUCCCAGCAUGGCGCUAAAAACUGAAGAAAGUCGGGUCUGUUUUAAUAAAAACUCAACAGAAAACGGUGUCGGUGGACUGACAGAACCCGACAGUAUGGACGCAAACGUUUACGGCUCCGGACACAUUAGCCCGCUAGCCUGUGACAUGGAAAAACCCUGCUGCCAGACAGCUGCUGCUCCUCAUGAGGAGUUGUUAAACGCUGAUUGCCGUGUGGGCGACAGUCGCUCUUUUUCUGCCUGCGCCACAAUCUCGGAAACAACCAGGGAGCUGUGCAAAGCUGUGUCCGUGUCGCUGGGACUGAGCGACAUGGACGUUGCUCUGCCCCCGCGUGCCGCAAAUGACCAAAUGAGAGGAGAGUAUUUUUUCGGAGUCGGAGCCGUGCCUCUGAAGUGCCCCGGAGCUCAGGGUGCUGUCACCGAGUACUACACGUGCCCCGAGCGUCCCCUGCACGGCCAGAAGCAACUGGUGGAAAUGUUCAAAAGUUCAGAGACUGAUGCGCGUCUUCAACACCUUACCUCCUCUCGGACAUCUGUGGACGAGCAGAACUUCACACUGGUCUGCGAGGCUGAUGACACAACUUCAGAAGGGAUAGAUCAUCUAGACAGAGCGCGUGCCGCGUCUUGUUCUUAUGCCACAUCCGCGCCAGGUAACUUGGCACACUUCGGUCAGACGGCUACAGAGCGACCGUGCCGAAUUUACAAGCCACCCGACGAAGCGAUAGACUUUGGGGAAGCCAUGGAGAACAAGUUCGGGGGUUAUCAGCCAGAACAAUACAGCGUCAAAGUGGAAUGUGAGGACACCGGUGAAUCUGCCGGGGCAUUGUGGGGCAGUCAUUACACCUUUAAUGAGAAGUACAACACUCAGUGUUGGGGCCCGAGGCAGUGCAUGGAUGUACAGAGCACAGGGGCCAACACCGCGUUCGUAUGUAAUCCACAUGAAAGGAGCGUCAUCCGUCCUCAGCAGUGGUACCCUGGCGGGAUGCUGAGGCCGCCUUAUCCCAACCCCAACUACGUGAAGACUGAAGUUGGCGAAUGGCUAGAUGUCGCCUACAAUGACACCAGGUUCGAGGCUGGCAGAGAGCACAUGUUUCCCAUGGAGUUCUUCUUUCCACCACAGAGGAUGUGCCUGAUCUGUUCAGACGAGGCCUCUGGCUGCCAUUACGGUGCGCUCACCUGUGGCAGCUGCAAGGUUUUCUUCAAAAGAGCUGCAGAAGUAGGCAAACAGAAAUACCUGUGUGCGAGCAAAAACGACUGCACCAUUGAUAAGCUAAGAAGAAAGAACUGUCCGUCUUGUCGGCUGAAGAAGUGUUUCGAAGCUGGAAUGACUCUCGGAGCACGUAAACUGAAGAAGAUUGGACAACAGAAAAACCCUGAAGAGGAUCAUCCUCUUCAGGACCCUUCAGAGGUCAUCCAGAAUUUCUCUCCUAAAUCAGGCCUGAACUUCAACUCCCAGCUGGUCUUCCUCAACAUCCUGGAGUCCAUUGAACCCGAGGUCGUGAAUGCAGGGCACGACUACGGCCAACCAGACUCAGCUGCCAGCCUGCUCACCAGCCUCAACGAACUGGGAGAGAGACAACUGGUCAAAGUGGUAAAAUGGGCAAAAGGAUUGCCAGGUUUUAGAAAUCUCCACAUGGACGACCAAAUGACCGUUAUUCAACAUUCAUGGAUGGGGGUGAUGGUGUUUGCCCUGGGAUGGAGGUCCUACAAGAACGUCAAGGGCAGGAUGCUUUACUUCGCCCCGGAUCUUGUGUUCAAUGAACAUCGGAUGCACAUUUCCUCCAUGUAUGAGCACUGCAUACGGAUGAGACAUCUUUCACAGGAGUUCCUGCUGCUGCAGAUUACUCAGGAAGAGUUCCUCUGCAUGAAGGCCUUGCUCCUCUUCAGCAUUAUUCCAGUUGAGGGUCUCAAGAGUCAGGAGUGCUUCGAUGAACUGCGUCACACUUACAUCAACGAACUCGAUCGCCUCAUUAACCAUCGUAUGGCGACCAACUGUCCUCAGAGGUUCUACAAGCUCACCCGACUCUUGGACUCUCUCCAGAUGACGGUAAAGAAGCUCCAUCAGUUUACAUUUGACCUUUUUGUCCAGGCUCAGUCGCUCCCCACAAAGGUCAGCUUUCCAGAGAUGAUCGGAGAAAUAAUCUCAGUACAUGUACCAAAGAUGCUGGCAGGUUUGGCUAAACCGAUUUUGUUUCAUGAGUAGACAGAUUUUUUACUUAUCAACAAGUACCUGAUCUUUGCUGCCUUCUUAAACUUUAAUGAAGGUACUGUUUCCCCACAUCUUCAGUCUGACCUGUAACAAUUAUAGUUCUUUUGAUCCUUUUAGCCAUAAGUGAGAUUUUUUUACAGAACUGCUAAAGCUUUUAUCUGAAGCGCUGCGAGGCAUCACCUGUUGACAGCUCUGCUAUUUCUGAGUGGAGAGUUUGUGUUUUCAGCCGGAGCAGAGAUGCUACUUUACAUACGCAGUAAGUCAUGAUUACAGCAACCUAAAAGUAGCAAUAGGUUUUGCAUGUGACCUUCAUUAUACAUACACUUGACAAGGAAAAUAAAUACAAAAAAAACAAGAUAUGGCCCAAAGAGCAGAUGAGAAUUGGAUCACCGAAAAAAACAAAUACUUGUUUUACCAUCAACUUAACAAAAUCUGUUUUUCUAAGUGCUGCUUUCAGGUGCACCUAUUAAAGUUGUUACUUUUUAAGAGUGAUGAAUACAACUUGGGAGGCAUUUAAGUGCUCACGUGCCUUAAAAUCAGAAAUGUAGACAAACUAACUUUCUAACAAAUGGGCAAGAUCCAUUGCUGCGACAAUUAUUGUUUGGUAAUCAAGUAUUCCAACUGUAAAGCACAAAUUUGAUGUGCUACAUCAUACUUUGUGUACAGUGAACCUAAAUUAUAGAUUGUCCUGCUCUGUGAAUGUACAGUAGUUUUAGUGCUGCAGGUGGGUAAUUAAAGAGCUGUUUUGCUAAUUUAAAUCCAGCUCUGUAUCAUUGCAGUGUGGGCAGGGUGUGCAAAUGAACGUUAUGUGGCUUCGCAGGGCUCGGAGCUCAGAGCAACCAGGGUAGAUCUCGGCAAACCUCAGCUGCUCCGUGCACUGGCGCCAUGGAGGAAAGCCAAACGCCAUUCAUCUAAACACUGACCACACAAAGUUGACACAGAGCUUGAUUAAAAUCUGCAAAGUAUCCCUUUACCCACAAGGUCUACUGUGUGGACAUACUGUAUGAUGUCUUAAUAGAAACUAAAUAGUGAAAUUAGUCAAGUAGAGUACUUUGUCUUUGGGAAGCACAGCGGACAAGAUGACAGGUCAUAUCAGGUCGUAAGACGGGUGUUUUGUCUGGCAGCAGCCAUACAACCAAAACUCACAUUGUGUAGUUUAAGCAUAAACCUGGUCAUCACUAUUCACUCUUGUCUACUUCUGAAAUCAAAUACUAUACAUGAUCAGUAAUACAAUUCUUAUAAAAUACAGCAUGGUGUAACAUUUUAGCUAACAUGAAAGAAACAACCUGAGUUAUACUGUAAACUGUAAUCGGUACAUUGGCCUUGUUUGACUGAGACAAUGCAGUAUAAUGCAGACAUGUCUAGAACACACUGCAUGUUUAUUGUCUUUCUGCACUUAAAACCUUUCUCCUCACAUUGGCAGUAAAUGUGUAGAGCUGUUUUCUUAAUGUUACUUAUUUAAAAGCACUUACAACUUAUAACUUAUGAAUAUGUAGAGGGUAAAUUUGUUGAAGUAGUUGAAAUUAGAGAAACUUUGACUGGUAGGAAGAUUUAUUUCUCCACAGAACAGCUACAAAACUAUUGAUAACUUAAUAUUCAUAAUGAAACUUUAUCACAUCAUGUCCUUUUGUGCAUGCCAAACUAUGUAUGUUUAGAUAUACUGUAGUCCCUUCAAAAAGUAUCAAAAUUCCCUUUAGAUUAUUUUUUUGCAUUUACUAUAAAGCAUAUAAAAGCAAAGCAUAGGCAUGUGAUAAAUUACAAGCUUUAAGCAAAAGACUCAUUGAUAAAACUAAAACUAAGUUGUCUGCACUUAGCGCCAUCCCUGAUAGAGAACACGGUAUUGACAGAGUCAUGAUGUGGUUGGGGGGUUGCAGCAGCAGGAACUGGGAGUCUUGUAGGGACACAAGGAAGAGUGCAUGCCACCAAAUACAGGCAAACACUGACUGAGAACUUGAUUCAAAGUGCCAGCAAUCUUAGAUUAGUGCAGGAAUGUUACAACAGGACAACAAAUAGAAACUUACAGCCAACUUAUAACUGGAAGGGCUUCAGAUGAAGAAUGUGAAAGUCCUUGACUGGCCCUGCCAAACCUCUGAGAUGAAAACCAAGAAAGAAAAUCUGUGGAUGCCUUGAAGUUAACUGAUCAAAGACACUUGAGUGAAACUGUUGAAAAGUAUUAAUUUAUGGGGUUGAAUACAUUGAACAGUUUUUGUAUUUUAUUUAAAAAAAAAAUAAACCAAAGUGGUAAAAACCUAAGGCACUUUGCACAUACAGCUUGGUCUACUCGAUGCAGAGUUUAGAUUACACUGAAAUGUAAAUGAACCAGAACUUCAAAUUCACUUCUGUGUUAGACUACAUUCUGCAACAAUGUUUUAUAACUCUGUAAACAAUUCAACAUUCCUUUCAGACAUUUGUAGAUGCAUGCAUCAUGUUUUUGGGUAACUGUAUGCAUCAUGUUUAGCUUUACACAAAACAAUGCAUGGACAUCCAUGUAUCUUUCCAAGUACAUGUUUAUUCUAUACUGACUGACAGCAUCCUCAUUAUUCAAUGCAUGGGACAUCUGUCAGAUACCAUUUUGUUGUACAGUGAUACGUUGACUAUAACAGUCAGUUUCACGGUGUUUUGUAACUGAUAUAUUCAUUCAAGUUCAACUGAGCGUUUAGGGUACUUUACUUCAUUUGCAGAAAUGAAUGUCUUCAUUGUGACUUUUUAUACAAUAUUUGUGAACAGAAAUAGGGAAGAAAAUUCAAGUUCAGGUGAUCCAUGAGACUUGACCCCACCACAACAGCUAAUUAUAGCCCACCCUGACACUUGAAUACAGUAAAUGUGUCUGCUGUCAUUUGAGAAAGCAGCAGUUCAGUGUAAAGUUGAAACUAUACAUUAAUUAAACAUGAUAAGAACCCAUAUCAUUGCAUGUACAAAAACAGUACAAUUAUUCGGAGUAUCAGUAUGUUAAGUAAGCACAUAAUGCUUAAUUUUUUAUCAUAUCAAAACAUUCAGAAAUAGAUAUUUAUUGAGCCUUCUUACUUUUCCUGAUUGCACUAUAUUAUAAGACUGUUGUUGCAUUUAACAUUUUGUUUCUCUUUAUCCUUGAAAUUAAUGCUGGUUCUAAAUAAUGUUGUAAUUAGUUUCAUGCUUCUUUAGCUUUAUUAUGCAUUACACAUGGGGAGUUUGAAGGCACUGCCAGUGCCAGUGGCCACACACCUUAAUGAGCCACUUAGUUGCCCUGUACAUUUUAAUACCAAUAUGAUUUAAUCACAGUAGGCUACAGUGUUUGUAUUAUGUCAAUGGACAAUAGCUGGUAUGUGCCCAAUGUACUGCAUAUUAACCUGGUUAUUUGUACAUGCUACAGUAACUGUAUAUAUUGAUUAGUUUAAUGUCUGUUUUGGUGUCCCAACACUUGACUUUUAAAGUCAUCUCUUGAAUGAUUUAUACCUUUUGUGACUUGUGUUUUUUAAUAUGUGUUUUUGAAAGGCGUUAAGCUGCAUCAUCUUUUAAAGGCAAUUAAAAUAAUUCUGACUA